CCCGGGGGGGGCAGUAUCCAGACCCGCCUCUGCCGCCUGGGCACCGACUACAUCCGCUUCACCGAGUUCAUCGAGCAGUACACGGGCCACGUGCAGCAGCAGGACCAUCAUCCUUCCCAGCAGAAUCUAUGUGGAUUACAUGGGAUUUAUUUGCGGGCCUUCUGUACAGGGCUCGAUUCAGUGCUGCAGCCCUAUCGACAGGCGUUGCUUGACCUGGAGCAGGAGUUCCUGGCUGACCCUCACCUCUCCAUUUCUCACAUUAACUACUCCCUGGAUCAGUUCCAACUCCUCUUCCCCUCGGUGAUGGUUGUGGUGGAGCAGAUCAAGACCCAGAAGAUUCAUGGCUGUCAACUUCUGGAGACUGUCCAUAAGCACAGUUGUGGUGGGCUGCCUCCUGUGCGUAGUGCACUAGAAAAGAUCCUGGCUGUUUGUCAUGGAGUCAUGUAUAAGCAACUCUCUGCCUGGAUGCUGCAUGGACUGCUCCUGGACCAACACGAAGAGUUUUUUGUUAAACAGGGCCCCUCUUCCGGGAAUGUCCCUGCCCAGCCUGAAGAAGAGGAUGACGACUUGGGAAUUGGGGGACUAACAGGAAAACAGCUGCGAGAACUGCAGGAUCUGCGUCUGAUUGAGGAGGAGAACAUGUUAGCACCAUCUCUGAAACAGUUUUCUCUGCGAGUGGAGAUGUUACCAUCAUACAUCCCUGUGAGAGUUGCUGAGAAGAUCCUCUUUGUGGGAGAGUCGGUACAGAUGUUCGAGAAUCAAAAUGUAAACCUGACUAGAAAAGGCUCCAUCUUGAAGAACCAGGAAGACACUUUCGCUGCAGAGCUACACCGCCUCAAGCAGCAGCCACUAUUUAGUCUGGUGGACUUUGAGGCUGUAGUGGACUGGAUUCGGAGCACAGUUGCUGAGCACCUAUGGAAGCUGAUGGUAGAAGAAUCAGAUUUACUAGGACAACUGAAGAUUAUUAAGGAUUUUUAUCUACUGGGGAGAGGAGAAUUGUUCCAGGCCUUCAUAGACACUGCACAGCACAUGUUAAAAACCCCACCCACAGCUGUAACUGAACAUGAUGUCAAUGUUGCUUUCCAGCAGUCUGCUCACAAGGUGUUGCUAGAUGAUGAUAACCUUCUUCCUUUGCUCCACCUUACCAUUGAGUAUCAUGGAAAGGAGCAUAAAGAUGCUUCCCAGGCUCGUGAAGGACCUUCCCGGGAGUUAUCUCCCCGUGAAGCCCCCACAUCUGGUUGGGCAGCUCUGGGUCUGUCUUAUAAAGUGCAGUGGCCACUGCACAUCCUCUUCACUCCUGCUGUCUUGGAGAAAUACAACGUUGUAUUCAAAUAUCUGCUGAGUGUGCGGAGGGUCCAAGCUGAGCUGCAGCACUGCUGGGCUCUCCAGAUGCAGCGCAAGCACCUGAAGUCCAACAGAACUGAUGCCAUCAAGUGGCGUCUGAGGGAUCACAUGGCCUUCCUUGUGGAUAAUCUUCAGUACUAUCUGCAGGUGGAUGUGCUGGAGUCUCAGUUCUCACAGCUUCUGCUACAGAUAAACUCCACACGGGAUUUUGAGAGCAUCCGAUUGGCUCAUGAUCAUUUCCUAAGUAAUCUGUUGGCUCAAUCCUUUAUCCUGCUCAAACCUGUUUUCCAUUGCCUGAAUGAAAUCCUGGAUCUCUGUCACAGUUUCUGCUCUCUGGUCAGUCAGAAUUUGGGCCCAUUGGAUGAGCGUGGAGUCACACAGCUCAGCAUCCUGGUAAAGGGCUUCAGCCGUCAGUCCUCGCUCCUCUUCAAGAUUCUCUCCAGCGUUCGCAACCACCAGAUAAACUCUGACUUGGCUCAGCUGCUGCUCCGCCUGGACUACAACAAAUACUACACCCAGGCUGGCGGGACCUUAGGCAGUUUUGGGGUUUGAACACCAAGACCCUUUUUUGUGGCUGAGAGCUAAAGCACUGCAAGAUAUUGCAAAGACAACUGGCUCUGCAGUGAGUGCACAUGACCAUCGGUGCAUUCCUAGGGAAUUUAUAUUUUCCUGGUCAAACACUUCAGCUAUUGCCAGGAUAUCCAUCUCUUCUGGAAAAGACUAAUGGGGAGACUGUUUCAUUGCUGCUGGUGACUGCAGGGAGCCAUUCCACUCACUGAAUACAGUGGUAGGGACAGCUUCCUUGCUGCAGCAUUUCUGUAUCAUCCUUUUGCUCCUAGGGUGACGUUUACCCUCCUGCCUGCCAAAGGAAAUACAAGAGCACAAAGUUACCCCUCUCUCUCUGCCACAAAGGAAGCAUAGAAAGAGAAGUGUUCUUCUACAUGCCUGUGUUUGUGAAAGAAUCAGAUGGUAUGCGCAUAGGGUUCAGUUUGUACAGGAAGUCAUUUCGCAGUUGCCCUCAGAUUUGAAUAAAUCAGCAGGUGUGUGACUAGGGUGGAUUGAUUUAAAUCAGUAAUUUAAAAUCAAGUUUCCCACUGACAUCCCAUUUCUUCAUAUAGUAAUGUAAAUCUGAUCACUAAACAAUGUUAGUUUACAGCUCAGUAUAGCAUUUUACAACAUCUAAGAGGGUAUACUUGAUAUUUUUUGAUAACUUGAUUUCUAUUUUAAGAAAUAGCACAUAACUCAUUACCUGUGUCCAACGUGCAGAUGCAGCAGCAGUACAUUAGGAAUUGUAAGAACUAAAUCACAGACAUAAAAGCAUAUAUAUUUUAUUAAACUAAAUGUUACAUGAAUGUUUCACAUUUGCAACAGUCGCCUGAGUUGCUGGCUGACGGCUGUCCUUGAAUUUUUUUUAUUUUCAAAUGUUAUUAAUUCUAACAGACAAAUCCUCAAAACACUAAAUGUACAAGGUUCUCAAAACUUC